AUGGCCGGCAGACUAGACCGCCUGACGUCGGACAAGGUCCGUGAGAGCGUCGGUGCACCGCGACCCGGCGGCUAUGCUAGUUGGUGCGCCCUGCCGGGCUAUCUAGGGCCCGGAGGACCGACCUCUCGAGAGGCACAAGGGGUAUAUAUGCGAAUGAAUAUCCUGCUGCGCGCGCAAGAAGUAAACUCUCUUCGACUGCUGAGAUCGACACAUGUCGAAGAUCGGCCCUGUCAGAAAGGCCGAAGGGGUAUCAUACUGCUUGGUAAAGGGUAUCAUUGCUUCGAAAACGAAAGCUGCGGUGAUUAGGUCGUAAAACGAAUGGUGACGUCUAUUGUGAUGAAGGCGUCGCUGGCUCGAUGAGUUCCUUGACCCAUUGCGCGGCGAAC